CUAUAAAAACUAAUUUAGCAAAUAUAGCAAAAAGAUUGCGACACAGCAGCGCCAUUUUGCUGAAAAAAAAUCGACCGACACAAAGCCAGCUUAUAAAUACAUCAUGACAAGUCAAUUUGAAAAAUCAAAGUUAAACGGGUUAGACAUCUUAACUAUUGAAAAAUUUCAAUUGACUAAGUAAUAUGUCGAUCCCUGAAUCUUUGAAGCCGUUUACGGCCACCAAAUUUUUUCAUCAAACUUGGGCAGGAACGUUUUAUUGUCAACCACAAGCAUAUUUUCAACCACGAAAUUUAGAAGAAAUUAAAGAAUUAAUUAAUCAAGCAAGACUUAAUGGUAAAACCAUUAUGACUGUUGGGUCAGGUCAUUCACCAAGUGAUUUGACUAUGACUAAAGAAUGGUUAUGUAAUUUAGAUUUAUUUAAUCGAGUAUUAAAUAAAGAAGAAUUCAAAGUUGAUGGAGAAGUUAAAUUUGUUGAUUUAACGGUUGAAGCUGGAAUUAGAAUAUUUGAAUUAAAUGAAUAUGUAAAACAUCAUAAAUUAGCUAUUCAAAAUUUAGGAUCAAUUAGUGAUCAAUCUAUUGCUGGAUUAAUUUCAACUGGUACUCAUGGUUCAACUCAAUAUCAUGGAUUAGUAUCUCAACAAAUUGUAAGUAUUGAAUUUUUAAAUUCUAAAGGUGAAUUAAUUAAAACUUCAUCAAUUGAAAAUUCAGAAUAUUUUAAAGCUAUUUUAUUAUCUUUAGGUAAAAUUGGUAUAAUUACAAAAGUUACUUUAAGAACUUGUCCUGCUUAUACAAUUAAAUCAAAACAAGAAAUUAUUAAAUUUGAUACUUUAUUAAAGAAUUGGAAUAAUAUUUGGCUUGAUUCUGAAUUUAUUAGAAUUUGGUGGUUUCCUUAUAGUGGCAAUUGUGUAUUAUGGAGAGCUUCUAAAUCUUUAGAUCCUUUAAGUGAUCCAAGAUCUUCAUGGUAUGGUACUAAAUUUGGUAGAUUUUUUUAUCAAUCAUUACUUUGGAUAUCUGUUCAUAUUUUACCAUCUUUAACUCCUUGGAUUGAAAAAUUUGUAUUUAAACAACAAUAUGGUGAUGUUGAAACUUUAGGUAAGGGAGAUAUUGCUGUACAAAAUUCUGUUGAAGGUUUAAAUAUGGAUUGUCUUUUCAGUCAAUUUGUUAAUGAAUGGUCAGCUCCAUUAAUUACUGGGAUUGAAGUUUUAAAUGAAUUAAAUGAUGUUAUUCAAGCCGCUGCAAAACAAAAUAGAUUUUAUGUUCAUGCUCCAAUUGAAGUUAGAUGUUCAAAUGUUACUUAUACCGAGAAACCAUUUAUUGAUGAUAAUACUGGUGAACCUUCAUUAUAUCCUUCAAAAUUAUGGUUAUCUAAACGUACUAAAACAAGUGCAGGACCAAUUCCUGGAAAUAAUUUACGUCCUUAUUUAGAUAAUUCACCCGAUAGACCUUAUGCAAAACAAGAAGAUAUUACCAAUGAACAAUUAACAUUAUUUAUUAAUGCAACAAUGUAUAGACCCUUUGGAACUAAUGUUGAAACUCAUGAAUGGUUUCAAAUAUUUGAAAAUAUUUUAACAAAAGCUGGUGGUAAACCUCAUUGGGCUAAGAAUUUUAUUGGAUUAGAUGGUGAACAAAAGACCCCACAAGAUCUUGAAACUCAAUUAAAUUAUGGUGGUAAGGAAUUUUAUACUAUGAUAGGGUUUAAACCAGUAAUGAAAGAUUGGUUUGGUGAACGUUUAAUUAAAUAUAAUGAGAUUAGAAAUAAGACUGAUCCUGAUGGAGUUUUCCUUAGUGGGAAGAAUUGGCUCGAUAGAAAUGGUAUAUUAUUAGAAUAAAUUAAGGUAAAGAUAAAGAUAAAGAUAAAGAUUUAUAUUAAAAU